AUGGCCCAACUCGUACAAACAACCUUCGCCUUCCUCGCCCUUGUCCUCACCCUCUCCACCGCGGCCCCUCUUGGCCUCACCGCCGCAUCCACUUCCGCCCUUUCCCACUCUAGCACCCUCACCCAAAAGAGCUUCUCCGGCACCGGCCAGAUCCGUACCCUCUGGGACGGAAGCAGCCACGAUGACCUCGGCUGCCUCACGGCUUCCGGGCGCUGGACAACCGACGAGAACCUCUGCGGCACCUUCAUCGCCGUGCGCAAGGAUGGAGACUCGAUAGGAGCUACGCAGUUUACUCUGACUAGCAAAGAGGCCGGACCGUGCGAGAUGUCGGGAACUACGUUUGUUUGUGAGAAGGGACUGGACGGGUAUAGUUUUGGGAUCUGGCCAUUCCCGAACGGCGUUCCCGGAGUCGAGUGUUUGCGGUAUGGACUGUAUGGCUUGAUGGCGAGCGUGCAGGGGGGGCCACCAGAUGUGGAUGCGAAGCCGAUGGACUUGAAGUUCACUUCGUAUGUUGAGAAGGGAAAGUAUGUGUGGUUGACGUGGGGUCCAAAGUCCUGA